CGAAAGCAACCGGCCUUACCAUCACAACCCGACCUCGUGGCGAAACGAUUAGCCAUCCCCUACCACCACUGCCACACUCACUCUGCCAGUCCCCUAACUCCCCACCAUGUCCAGCCAACGCCAAGAAAUGAAAAUCAGCGCCGCCGCCGUCAUAGCCAUCUGCAUCACCACCGCCAUCAUGUUCUGCGUCCUCCUCGCCGGCAUCGACAAGCUCUUCCGCCCCCACGACGACGACGACGAGUCCCCCCUCCGCCGCCCCGAGAAGGUCCAGCUCGACUACAUGGCGCAGAUCAAAGAAAAAAACAACCAAGCCGCGUACCGCAACUUCAUGUGCGACCUCGCCGAGGACGCGGAUCCGAGUCUGCUGAACGCGAGGUAUUUUCAGGAGUGGGGCGAGCGGAAUCGUAUGUUUCGGCCGUUCAGGGCGGAACGGGACUGGCAGCCGCCGCGGAGUUGGGAUGUGAGGGGGAGUACGGUGGCGCCGAUGAGCUAUUGGUCGGUUCGGGUGGUGAGGCUGCAGUUUGGGAAGGGGAAGGGGCGGGCGUCGAGGGCGACGUGGGGGACGUGGACGACGGGGUCGGCGCAUAUGAGUGGGACGCCGAGGACGUCGGGAGUGCCUGAGAUGCCGGAGGAGGUUCCUAGCGAUGCGACGCCUUCGAGGCCGGGGACGCCGACGCCAGGGAUUCCUGGAGCGAAGACUCCUGUUAAGUCAGAAGUAUCCAGUUCUGGAACUCCGGCGGCCAGCGGGAUACCAAUUCUUGACAAUAACUCCAUUGGAGAGAGCAGCAGCACCUCUAGGUCAACCGACGUAGCCAGCAUCAGCACGGGAUCUUCAGAGGGCGGGACGUUUCUGCUAAAGCGCGCACUGAUCCCCCGCUCGGUGCAACUGGCCUAUGGAAUGGUCCCUGGGCCGGUGGUGAUCCGUCCGCGGGACUCAAUGCUAGGGCUUAUUGAGAGCGGGCGACGUAGUGGACUAGGGACUCAUGCGACGAUUGAUGAUGAGUCGGAAGUGGAGGCGUAUUUCGAUCAUGGGAAGGUUACGGCGGAUGAUAUCGAGAUUAAGCAGCGGGCGAGGGAGUUGGAGUUGUUUGGGACGACGCUAUGAUGCUGGAGAAAAUUUGAUUUCGUUGGAUCGGGCCAGGGAUGCCUCCUGUUUGUUUGGGCUUAUGUACUCUUUCGGAUAAUCGGGUGGAAUGCUUCUGGUUAUUCAUUCAAUAUGCGCGGAUGGAAGAAACCACUCCGGUGCUUGGGAGAUCACGGUUGGGCGAGAAGUUUUGGCUUGGUCGUAUCAAAAACGAAGCACACCUUCAGUGUAUCCGAUCCUCUAGCUCUUUACGCUUUAGACUAGUUGAACGUGAUUCUUUUGGGUCACCUGGUC